AUCUAGGAUGUACCUUGUGGGAAUGCUGGAUCCUUAGCCCACGGAGCAAGGUCAGGGAUUGAACCUGCCACGUCACAGACACUAUAUUGGGUUCUCAACUCACUGAGCCACAAUGAGAACUCCAUGGUCCAUCACACCAAGCACAUGGCCUGACAGUUGCCCUGUAGGAAACAAACACUCACAGUUUGGGGGAGAAGUAAAUGUACACAGAAUACAAUUCUCAAAUGAACAAAAUGAAUGUGAGUAUGCUGUUUAGGAAGAGCCGAAACGAUCUUUUUUCAGACCAUGGGUUAAGCAGACCUUGAAGGGCAAGCCUUGGAGCUCACUCGGCUCCAGUGACUUUGUUUCUAUGGGCCUGAGCAUUCUGAGUUCCAAGCAGCAUACAUACAAAUGGACCUCGGAACACAAAGUGUCCCAUCAGGGUUCCAUGGGGCCAAGCAGCAGGCACUAAGGCUGGCAGGUGGCCCCCAUACCAGAGAGUGGCUGCACCUCUUUGAGAGGUGAAUGAACCUAAACGAAGACACCAAGUCCUGAGGGGCAGCCGAGCCAUCCACGGAGACCAGCUCCUAACAGUCAGCCAGGGAGCAACCCGAUGCCCUGUGCCCAUCUGGCCCUCCCGGGCCCAUGCCAUGCUGCUCACUGUGUACUGUGUGCGGAAGGACCUCUCUGAGGCCACCUUCUCCCUCCAGGUCAGCCCUGACUUUGAGCUGCACAACUUCCGUGUCCUCUGUGAGCUCGAGUCUGGCAUUCCUGCCGAGGAAAUUCAGAUUGUCUACAUGGAGCGACUCCUUGGCGACGACCACUAUUCCCUGGGCUCCUAUGGCCUCAAAGACGGCGACGUCGUCGUCUUACUUCAGAAGGAGAAUGUGGGGUCCCGGGCUCCGGGACGGACAUCCAGCCUGCCUCAGAGAGAUUUCCCCGGGACAGCCGUGCCCGGGACGUCCAGCUCCCGGCACCAGCAUCAGCACCAGCACCAGCGCACACAGUCGGUCCAGCAGUCCCGUGGCAUGGGCUCCGGAGAGAAGAUGAGCUCUGCCCAAGGACUGGACAGCCCCGCCCUGAUCCGAAGCAUGCUGCUCUCCAACCCCCAUGACCUGUCCCUGCUGAAGGAACGCAACCCCGCCUUGGCUGAAGCCCUGCUCAGUGGAAACCUAGAGACCUUUUCCCAGGUCCUGAUGGAGCAGCAAAGGGAAAGGGUCCUGAGGGAGCAAGAGAGAUUUCGCCUCUACUCGGCUGACCCAUUUGAUUUGGAAGCUCAGGCCAAAAUAGAGGAAGAGAUCCGGCAGCAGAACAUUGAGGAAAACAUGAACAUCGCUAUGGAAGAGGCCCCUGAGAGUUUCGGACAAGUGGCCAUGCUCUACAUCAACUGCAAAGUGAACGGACAUCCUUUGAAGGCUUUUGUUGACUCAGGUGCCCAGAUGACCAUUAUGAGCCAAGCCUGUGCUGAGAGAUGUAAUAUCAUUCGGCUGGUGGACAGAAGAUGGGCUGGGAUUGCCAAAGGUGUGGGUACACAGAGAAUUAUUGGCCGAGUUCACCUAGCUCAGAUUCAAAUCGAAGGUGAUUUCUUACAAUGUUCUUUCUCUAUACUCGAGGAGCAGCCCAUGGACAUGCUUCUAGGGCUAGAUAUGCUCAGGAGACAUCAAUGUUCCAUCGACCUGAAGAAAAACGUGCUGGUGAUCGGCACGACUGGCACACAGACUUACUUUCUUCCUGAGGGAGAGUUACCUCCGUGCGCUAAGUUGGUAAGUGGAACUGGACAAGACGAGUCUUCAGACAAGGAAGUAGCAGAUACUAUUAAACAUUCAGUCAUGAAUUCGGGACGAAAAAAGCAUUGAAACAGCUUAGAACUAUGUCAUCACCUUGAGGGAGGCUCAGGUCUCGGGAAAUUAUAAGACAUGAGCUCACUGGCAAUGUAAUCAUUAAAAACAUCAGACAACUAA